UUUUAGGGGAUUUUAAAUUUAUGCAUUGUAGUGGCACCACUUUUUUCUUAACCGCCACCCGCCAUAUUUUCAGCGCCAUUAUUAGUGGGUUUUGUACAUGCUUUUGUACGCCGGUGGUUUGUGGAGGCUUUUCUAAUAUUUCAACAAGCAGCAUUGAAACAUUGGCAUCUUUUCACCGGUUAAUCGGUUAUUCGUUAUGGCAAAGAAGAAGGUAGAAGAAAGCGAGAGCGAGGAGGAAUAUUCAGUCGAAAAGAUUAUUGACCGGCGAGUGGUAAACGGCAAAGUUGAAUACUUUCUCAAGUGGAAAGGUUACUCUGAAGCUGAUAAUACUUGGGAGCCAGAAGACAAUCUUGACUGUCCCGAUCUCAUAGCGGAAUUUGAAAAAUCAAGGAAAGCCAAGGCGAAGAGGUCUUCCACUAAUAAAAAUGUAGACUCAGAUAAUGACAAAAAAAAGAAAGAAAAAAAACCCAAGGAUGAUGAUGAGAAGUCCGAAAAGAAAUCAAAAGGCAGGCCCAAAAAGCAUGCAGUAGAAUCAGAAGACUCUGACGGCGAGCCAAAAUCUAAGAAAGUCCGCCGUCGCUCAAAUUCCACAGAAGAGAAAGAAGAUCCUAAAAAAGAUGCUGAUUCUGAUGAUGAAAACAAAUCUGAUUCAUCUGUUGGGGAGGAAAAAUCAAAGAAAAAGAAAAAAACAGAGAAAGAUGAAGAAGAAAAUGAGAAAUCUAAGAAAAAACGAAAGUCUGAAUCUAAAUCUGACAAGGGAAGGGACAACUCUCCAUCCAAGAGUAAACAAAAAAUUGGCUUCGAAAGGGGCUACCAAGCAGAAAAAAUUAUAGGAGCAUCAGACAGCACAGGCCAACUAAUGUUUUUGAUGAAAUGGAAGGGCACUGACGAAACGGAUUUGGUGCCGGCUAAAGAAGCAAAUGUGAAAUGCCCACAAAUUGUAAUUCAGUUUUAUGAAGAACGUCUUGCUUGGCAUACUCCUGAUGAGUCUUAAAUUACUUUCAUUCGUUUAUUUCAGAAAAAUUCUUUGUUUUAGUUAUAUGUAAGGUAACAAUAAUUGUCCAUCAAGUUAGCUUUAAAUGAUUUUCAACAAGUGGGCUAGAGCAACUUGAUGGAAAAUCAUUUAUUAAUUGUGUAUGUGCAUAGAAUCAACCUAUUCUUUAUGAGUGUUUCGUUUUUUUUUUUUUUUGUAAUAAAGCAUAAGCAUA